UCGGGCACCUGCGCUAUCUCAAGGUGCUCAGAACUACGUGCGAAGCGCAGUCUGCCAUGCAGUCCAGUCGACCGGCAGCAAUUGCAUCGUUGCCCAUCGACCUCCAAUGCUGCUUCGGUAUGCACGCUAACAUGGUGUACCAGAGAAAGUGGAAACGCUUCAACUACGCCGGUAUACGAGCACUGCACCUAUCGACAAGCGCGGCACUCCCAUGUGAGCCCUUCGUCCUCGUAGCCCUCAACCGGGCGGAUUUCGAUGUGUCCCUACCAAUUCUUGUCCGCUCGCGCAAAUGGAGCGAUUUGCAGAGCCUGUGCAUCUUGCAUUUUUCACGACAACAAAACGAACGCGUAUACCCAACCGUCGGUGCUACGCACAAAACCGCCCUGCGCCACUUCUUCGGACGGCUUUGGAACAUAGUCGAGUUGAACGUCAACUCGUUGCAUUUCGACGACGGCAUUGACUUCACGGAGCUGCUGGAUACGCCCACUCUGCUGCGGCUGCGCGCGCUGUCCCUGCCGCCCUGCAGCCUGCGUAAAAGUGGCGCGCUGCACCGGCUAGCCCUAGGAACUAGCGACAUCGACGACUUAGACAUACGCCUCAACAUCGACGGGUGCCACAACUGCUGCAAUUAUUGCAGUAAAGAACUCCUCCUCGAUCCUGAGGACGUGCGCGCCUUUGGCGUCAGGUCGGGCCGGCUCACACUCAGCAAUGUGCCGAAUUUGGCGUCCUUGAACUUCCUUAGGAGCUGUCGCGUGGCCAACCUACGGCACAUCGACGUCUCCGAGAAACCUCGCUUCGAUUUCAAGGCACUCGCGAGUUCCGUGCACCGUAGCGACACCCUUCGCUCCCUCGUGGUUAAACUUGCAGCCAUCAAUUUGGACACCAAGUCCCUGAAGAACUCCCUGUGUCCUGCGAACGGACUUGAACGCGUGUGCCUGCUGUCGAAGACUACGCUACAAACUUCGGCCGCGGAGCGGAUAGUCGAAGCUGUGGCCGGCUAGCUACCGUCCAUCCUGUACUUCCACGUCCACUACGUGGACAUUGAAACGGGCAAGGAUACGAGCGUGAC